AUGAUGGAUCCGCUCAAACGUCUUCGACUAAUAAAGUAUGCAAUUUUACAAACAACAAUUGGUCCAUCACUGAUUUGUGAUUUAUUUGUUUUUAUUUAUUUUAUUCGUCAUUGGCGAAAAGAAAUUCUUAGGAAACCGCAAAAUCAUGUGAUUGCGUGUUUGCUUACAGCCAGUUUUAUACAGAAAAUUACUGAUUCACCUUUUACUCUAUAUUAUCUUCGAUGGGGUAUUGUUGUUCAAGAAACAUACAUGUUUUGUGCUAUUUGGAAUUGGUUACAUUAUUCAUUAACGUGUGUAAAUUUACAUCUUUUAACCUGGUGUUGUAUUGAACGACAUUUAUUUAUAUUUCAUAGUCAAAUGAUGAAAAAGAAAUAUUGUUUGACUCUAUUUCAUUAUAUACCUUUGAUUACAUGUUCGUUAUAUACACCAUUUUUCUACAUUCGCUACAGAUUUUUUCCACCAAAAUGUGUUAAUGUUUGGUAUUAUACAAUCAUACUUUGUGUAGCUCCAUGUUAUAUAUAUACUGAUAAAUUUUUAAAUUCAUUUGAUUGGUUAUUUCAUUAUGGCAUGCCAAUUUUAAUUAUAAUUUUUGUAAAUGUAUUCCUAUUUUGUCGUAUUAUAUCGCAAAAAGUUAAACGACAACAACGAAUUCAAUGGAAUCGUCAAAAACGAAUGAUUAUUCAACUUGUAUUCAUUUCUCUUCUUUACUUGAUUUUCAUGGCACCAGGAGUUAUUGUUGGUGUUAUUCAAAUUUUAUGGACGCGAGAUUUUUUAAGUGAUAUAGAAAAUAAUUAUUUCUAUUAUCUUUUCUCGCUUAUUAAUCAAUUCUUAUCAUUCGCUAUUAUUAGUUCACUGCCUGAAACGCGCAAGGAAUUGAAACAAUGGCGAGAUCAUUUGAAAACAUUCUGUCAUCGUGGAAUACGUAUACAUCCAGUAUUACCAGGAACGACAGUCAUUGGUAAUGAAACCAUAGAUGAAACUAAUUAG